AUGGCGGAUAAUUCAUCCCCAUCCCCCAACCCAAUUAAACCCAACGAGCCCACCAAUUCCCAACAACAACAGCAACAGCAGCUCCAAUCACCGUCAAUGGUGGGAACCCCAUUGCAGCCUUCUCCGGUUUCAACCCCUUCAAUUGAUUUGCCCCAAAUUCCCCUUACUCCCUCACAACCACAACAACAACCCCAGCAACCAGUUCAAGUACAACAGCAACAACAGCAGCUGAAUAGUAGUAACAACAACAACAAUAAUAACAGUGGUAAUGCCAAUAACAGUAAUACUAUGAUGGCGGCAGCAGCUAAUUACCAAAUGCAGGCUUUACAGAGAUCUCCGUCAAUGUCAUCGAGGCUCAGUCAAUUUCAGCAGCAUCAAAUGAUGGUGAGGCAGCAACAACAUCAGCAACAAUCGGGAGGAGGGUUAUACGGGCCGAUGAAUUUUGGGGGUCAGGCAGCUUUACAGCAGCAGAAUCAGCAGCUUCAACAACAGCAGCAACAAAAUCAGCAGCAGCAGCAGCCGCAGCAAAUGGGGGGACAGAUGGCCGCCGCGGCGGCGGCUGCUCAGUUGGGUGGUGGUGGCGGGAACUUAACGGCUCGGUCCGCUGCCUUUAUGGGACAGUCUGCUGCAAAUCUACAAAUGUUAUCUGGUCAAGCUGCUGCGGCGACAUCCCAGUUCAAUUUGCCGGCACAGUAUCUAUCUUCGCCACGGCAGAAGGCAGGUUUAAUGCCAGUAGGUUCCCAGCUGAACGCUACCGGGCAGGGUUUGCAGGGAAUGCAGGCGAUGGGUAUGGCCAAUUUGAACUCCCAACUAAGACCCAACGCCACUGCUUAUGUCGCACAGAGAUAUAAUGCUGCACAACUGAGGCAGUUACAGCAAGCUAAUCUAACUCCGAACCAGACGCAAAGCGUGGGGAGGGCACCGGUUGUAAACCCACAACUGUCCGCAUUGACUCAGAAUGGCCAAAUGGCUUUAAUGCAGAACUCUAUGUCACAACAACAAUGGUCAAAACAAAUGCCUGGAAUGGCCUCUCCCAGUUCUCCGUCAUACCGUUUGCAACAGAGGCUCUUUUUGCAGCAGCAACAACUUGGUUCAUCACCGCAGUUGCAUCAAAAUUCAAUGCCUUUAAACCAGCAGCAGUUGUCACAAUUGGUACAACAUAUGCAUCAGCAUCAACAACAGCCGCAGUCAACACAACAACAGCUCCUACAGCAUGCCCAACAGCAACAGCAACAGCAACAGCAACAACAGCAGCAGCAGCAGCAGCAGCAGCAACAACUACAACAACAACAAUUGCAGAGUCAACAGCAAUCGAUUUUGCAUCAGCAGCAACAACCUCAGCAAUCAAUUUUGCAUCAGCAGCAGUCUCCUCGAACAGUCGCCCCUGCAGGCCAGAAAUCUCUUAGUUUAACGGGAUCACAGCCAGAUGCUACAGCAUCUGGAGCGACGACGCCAGGGGGAAGUUCAAGUCAAGGAACUGAAGCGAGCAAUCAGCUGCUGGGCAAGAGAAGGAUACAGGACUUGGUUUCACAGGUAGAUGCGCAAGGAAAGCUGGAUCCUGAAGUUGAAGACUUUCUUUUGCAGAUAGCUGAUGAUUUUAUUGAUUCGGUUACUUCCUUUGCUUGCAGCUUGGCAAAGCAUCGAAAAUCCUCUACUCUAGAAUCGAAGGAUUUAUUGCUGCAUCUAGAGAAGAAUUAUAAUUUAACUGUACCUGGGUUCUCAAGCGAGGAGAAGAAACAUCAACAGAAUCACCCACAAAGCGAUCUUCACAAAAAACGCCUGGAUGUGAUACGUGCUUUGAUGGAGUCGUCAUCUUCUGAUAUGAGUAACUCGGCAGAGAUUCAAAGACAGGGCCCUGGUGGCAACAACAGCAAUAACCAAGCUGUGAAGAAAGGGGCAUGGACUUGUGCAGAGGACAAGAUCCUUGCUGAUUACAUCAAAUCCCAUGGUGAAGGAACAUGGAGAAGCCUUCCUCAAAGAGCAGGACUCAGAAGAUGCGGGAAGAGUUGCAGACUGAGAUGGAUGAACUACCUAAGACCUGACAUUAAGAGAGGAAAUAUAACUGAAGAAGAAGAUGACCUCAUCAGCAGACUACACAAGCUCCUGGGAAACAGAUGGGCAUUGAUAGCAGGAAGGCUCCCGGGACGAACAGACAAUGAAAUCAAGAACUAUUGGAACACCAAAAAGAAUCAUCAUCAAUUUCAUUCCAACACAGCCAACAAGAGGAAGAAGCAGAAAAAAUCAGCCAAACAGCCAUCCCCCUCAUCAUCAACAACAACAACAAAGCUAGUGAAGGAUGAAAAAUCAAAGGCGGCAGCUAUAAUGAAUCCCAAUACUACUACUACUACUACUACUACUACUACUACUACUAUUUAUAGUAAUGAUGAUGAUUCAGCAGGUGAUGAAAAGAACAACGUGAUUCGCACAAAGGCCACUAAGUGCAGCAAAGUUUGCAUUCCUACGCAUUUACAAACUUCUCAGCCGCCGGGCAUCAUGAUGAUCAACUCGCCGGUUCAAGACUACUACUGGCCGGCCUACUCAGCCGAUAAUUUUAAUCCACCUGUUCCUCAUCCUCCACCAACUCCGGCUGCCGGUUUCUGGGAAGACUUUGAAACGCACAACACUUUAUACCUUGGUGAUUUCAUCGAUGAUUUUCUCUACAACGAGCUACAGCAUGACAUUUUUUUCGGAGGCCUCCCAUGA